AUGCCACGAUUAACAGCUAGUAAAGUAGUAUUAUUAUCUGUAUUAUCUUUUCUAAUCACUAUUUUUUAUUUGUUUUCUAAAACUUCUGUUUCACUUGAUACGGAUCCAGAUGGUACCGAAUAUGACUUGGAUACGAUAGACGAAGAAAUAAAGUAUGCACGUCGGUUACUUGACGAGAUUCCUGAUCCAUCUAAAAAUCGAGUUCAAUUCUCCAAAAUCGAUGAUAAUGGAUAUGCUUUCUCGGCUUUCACGGAUGACAGAAAUGGGAAUAUGGGAUACAAAAACGUGAGGAUUCUCAUGUUUAUAACUGGACACGAUGAGUUCUCUUGUGAAAUCAACGGGAAGCGAUCUUAUGGAGUAACUCUUUAUGAGCUAUCGGAGAAUCACAAAAUGAAAUGGGGAUUGUUUAUUCUGAAUUGUUUACUUCCGGAAGGCAUAACUUUCAACGAUGUGAAUGCUGUCAAAAUUUCAAGAAUUUCUACGGGUGCUACUAUUCAAAUUCCGAUAAGAUAUAGAAUUCAAGACGAGAAAAGUAUGACACCGGAUGAGUACGACUACAAAAUGUCGACUUGUGUUCCAGCACUUUUUGGGCAUGUUUAUUAUGCCAGAAAGAUUAUUGAGUUUGUGGAAUUGAAUAGUCUGCAAGGAAUUGACAAGACUUAUAUCUAUUAUGACCCUGUGAAAAUGAAUGAUGAAGGGACGAGAAGGACGUUGAAAUUUUAUUCAGAUAAUCUCAAAAUAAAUCUUAUCGAAUUCACCCUCCCAUUCAAUAGUCAUGAUGUUUGGUACCACGGACAGUUGGCAACGAUUACAGAUUGUCUUCUCAGAAACACUGGAAUCACACAAUUCACAUUUUUCAAUGAUUUUGACGAGUUCUUUGUUCCAGUUCUCCAGAAUCAAACACUUCUAGAAACAGUCUCCGGUCUCUUUGAGGAUAAAAAAAUAGCAUCACAAAGGACUGCAUUAAAAUUUAUUAGUACAAAAAUAAAUCGAUCUCCUUACACACUGAAAAAUGUCAUCUCUACAAAACGGCUAGAGACGAGAUUCACAAAAUGUGUUGUUCGACCCGAGAUGGUUUUUGAACAGGGGAUUCAUCACACAAGUCGUGUGAUACAAGAUGAAUACACGUCUCCAUCACAUGAUGGAUCCCUUUUACGGGUAUAUCACUAUAGAGAGCCAAAGUAUUGUUGUGAGAAAGAGACACUCUUGAAGAAACGAUACGAAUAUAAACUUCGAGAGGAAUUCGAUUCAGUUGUGAACUUGUUGGAGGUUUAG